CCAGGGUCCAGUAGGUACCGGGUGGCCAAGCUCGGACCUGGAAAAUCUACACUGAAUUUGGGGAGUAACGACUUUGUUGAGACCACUGUGUUGGGAAGUAGGAACCUGGGGAUUUGAACCCAGGCUGUGGCACUCUGGAGCUUGUGAUCACUGCCCCUACACUGUGCCCCCUUUCUCCAGCUCAGUUCUGCUUGCCAGUCCCUCUUCCUGCCAGUCUCCUUCCGAAGGCCCUUGUGCCGGUUCUACCUCCUUUCCCACCUAAGCUUGGCGAUACCUUCUGUGGCUUCCUAGCGUCCAGGCCAAUCUUCACGGGGUCUGGCCCCCUAAGAGGUUUGGGUUCAGCCUUCAUGGACACUCCAUGGCACAGCUGUGUCACCCUCCUGUCCCUAGAGCUAGGGACUCACCUCGCUUUCCCCGCCUACAGCGCUCCUCUCUCUUCCCAGUUUCCCUAUGACGUGGAGGGAGGCCCCACCUUCACCAGACGACCACGGUGGACAGCGGUGAGGGACAUUAUUUACCCACAGACCUGUGCUGCUGGUCACCCCUCCUCUCCAGCUCCGUUCUGUCCUCUGCAGUCCAGACGGAUGACAGAGAGAAUCGACAAACUCAGACGGAGGGACGUUCCGCGGUUUACCUGGCCGGUCCCUCACAACCUCAAGGCCAUAAGAAAUAAGAAACUGUCACAGGGCCCGGGAGACAGGACGGCUAAACGCAGUGUGGUGUCCUGGGUCAGACCUGGAACAGAAGACGAGCAUGGGGCUGGCUGGACCUGUGACCUGGCUCGAAGGACCUCCUUCAGCGGAUGGAGCUCCCGUGGGACCCAGGGCAGCAGUGUCCCAGGUCCUGUGCAGAGGGCUCAGGCCUGGUGGCAAGUACCUGACACCGGGGACGGACAGCCUUGGCCCUCAGACAGCAUGUAUCAGGUUUAUGAGGAACUUCAUGGUCGUUCCUGUCAGUUCCCAGGCUGCUCUUGAACCAGAGACCACAGAUUCCCAGAAUCCACCUCUCCUGUGAUGGAGGUCAGAUGAAUGCUUGAUACCCCCUGGCUGUCUUCUUCUUGUCUAUCUGGACACAGAGCUCAGAACUUCCUCGGGCUCCCCUGGUGUCGGACAUCAGACCCACUGGCCUCGGGACGACGGCCUGAUGGAAUCUUUUCUCCUAGAACCCACACCCUGUAUGGUCAGUGCGGCCCUGACCAUGGUGUCAUCUGGGGACAGGUUAUGGGAGUCAUCCUGGCUCCUGCCUUUGUCUGUCUGUGGGGGAAACAGUCACUGUGUCACGAGGGGGCACGUGUGGUCUUACAGGGACAAAGGGGCCGAUUCCCCGAGCCCGCCCCCGCCCCCCACCUCUCAGCCUACACUUGUCAUCAUCCAUAGCCAGCAUCACGAAGCGGGUCCUCAGCCUUGGCCUCAGAGGGCAGGGACGGCCUUAUGGGAACGUACUCCUCCCUCUUACUCUGGACCCCAGAACCUGAGUGGCAAGCUUGAUUUUUGUUUUUGCUGAUUUCAGCUGUGGAGUUGGGAGAUAAUUCAUUACGCGACAGAGGGUGGAUAUGGCCGACAGACAGGCUUUCCUGAAGGAAGUAGGGCAGAGAAGUGGGGAGGGGGUGGGGGGAGGGAGCUUAGCUUCCCAGGGCCUCCCAGAUUUAUUCUCUUCCCUUUAGUGAAUCUCCCCAGCCAGCCUCCAAGGUCUCUCAUCCUUCUUAGGACCCGGAAGUCUUUGAUCCCUAACCCUGGCCUUCAACCUUGCUUCCUGGCCCUGUCACAGUGUCCAGGGAAGCAAGACUUCCUAUCUGAGGACCCCUUGCUGAGAAGGCUUCUCUGUCUCCUGCACUCGCCUCUUCCUGCUCCAUGGCUCUUGGGGGAGGGCAUCCACGUUGCUCACAGGAUGGGGUAUUCUCCUAAACUCACGUGUGCUCUCUA